ACGAUCUUAGUGCCAGCCCGUCCUCCCCCACGCCCUGCUGUUCGGUCUUCACAUUCUGCAGGAGGGUAUAUAGUCACGUCCGCUCACCAGCGUUUCUUGUCCCGCGCCAUCGUCUCAACGUGCCUUGACAACCCAUGGCCAUUGAAUCCAACCACUUCCGAUCCUACUCAACUCAUCCUUCUGGCAACGUACAUGCGACCAACAUGCAAGCGCCGGACGGUGACGACGACCGAUCUGACACGGAUUCAGAAAUCACUGAAGUGGGCGAAGAAGAAAUCCCUCUUUACUUCACUGAGCGGGAUGGACGACUCUUUCAUUCUCAUGGUAGCUCUCCGUAUCCCUUGCCCGUGGACACGGCUGAGCAGGAUAGAAUCAACGGACAGCAUGAAAUCCUUCGUCAUUUCUUGCUAGGCAUUUAUGUCGAUAGGAAUGCUGUUAGGGAGGUCUUACGAGGUUCGCCUACGCGUCAACGACGAGCGCUAGACUUGGCAACUGGCACUGGGAAAUGGGUAUUGGACUUGGCCGCAGAGUUCACCCAUGUGAAAGUCUAUGGACUUGACAUAGUGCCCAUUGCCACAAGGCACCCGCCUCAUAACGUCUUCUUUGAAAUGCAGGAUAUUAAUCAGACAUUGCGAUUUCAUGACGGUGACAUCGAUCUCGUCCACGCAAGAUCCGUCUCAAUGGCUGUUCGAUGCUACCCAGACCUCGUUAAAGAAGUCGCACGGGUCCUUCGUCCCGGCGGACUCUUCCUGGCAUGCGAAUGGGGCCGGUAUCCCGCUAUGUCUGAGGAAGUGGACGUGGUGACGCGUUUGCCUUGUUCCUGUCGUUUCUUCAACGCAGUCAUCGAUACUCUGCAUCGGAGCCAUGGCAUCACGCCUGUUGCGCAAAACCUCUGUCGUUACAUCUCAGAUUCCGGUCGCUUUGACCAAAUCUACAGCCAUCGAUUCGCCAUCCCUAUUGGUGACUGGCAUGAGAACCCGGUGUAUCAACGGCUUGGGCUCCAAUAUCGGAGUAUAUUGGAGCUGUACGCUGACUCGAUGGGAGUUAUGAUGGUUCAGGCUGGUAAGAGUGAAGCGGAGGUAAAUGAGCUUGUGCGUAGUUACGUCGACGAACUGUACACCGUGUCAGGCCUGGUUUCGCAUUACUAUGUCGUCCAGGCUCGCCGUGUUUGAUCCUUCGACCUUGGCGUAUAUUUCUUGGUCUCUAUGUUCAUCUGCUUCAUGUGUUUUGUUGUAUGUCACAAAUAUGCCCCAUGUCGUUUACUUGGUUUGUAGUGUAGCAGUCGAUACCCAAUCAUUGACGUCGUAUUGGUCGAUAGGUGUUUGUAUGCCAUGUAAUAUAUGUUGUAUGCCAUUAGUGGAGGUUUGUAGCUCG